AUGAUGUCAACAACAAAAUCAAAUAAAACCGAUCAUUAUUAUCAAACAUCCAAUAAGGCAAAAAAUGAUUUAUUAUGUGGUAUAUUUUCACGUAUUGAACAAUAUACAUCUAAUCAAGAUAAAAAAACGAAAAAUGAAGUUUUUCACAGAAAAUUUAAUUCUUUUACAAAAUAUUAUCUUAAAUCUUUACAAUUAUCAUCAUCAUCAUCAUCAUCAUUAUCGACUAUGAAUUUUAAUAAUAAUAAUAAUAAUAACAAUGAAAAGAUUAAUCUUCUAACUGUGAUAGACGAAAUUCAAUCAUCUAAACUGACCAAUAAUUUUAAAAUCAAUUCAAAAUCAAAAAUUUUAAUUCCAAUACUCAAAGUUGAAAAAUAUCAACAAGAUAUGUAUUCAAAUUAUUCAUUACCACUUCGUCAAGAAACAACAAAAUCCUAUUCAAAACAAACAUCAUCCUCAUCAUCAUACAGUCGUUCAUCUAGUUCAAGUCAUAAUUUAUCAUCAAAUACACAUCAACGUUAUUUAAAUAAUAAUUCUUCUCUAUUUAACAAUUUCAAUGAUUUUAAUGAUCCAUUUUUUGAUCGAUUUAACGAUAAUUUUUAUUUUGAUAGAUUACGUGAUGAUUUUUUUUUUCGUUCACCAUUAUCAUUAAGAAAUCAUAGAUUCGAUAUUUCAAAUGAUAAUAGUUUAUUUGGACGAACAAUUCCUAUUAUUAAACGAUCAUCGAGUACAUCAUCAACAGGACGAACACAAACAUUACCAGUGGUAUAUGUUCAAUCACCAAAAGAUAAAAGACAAGAUGAUUUUACAACUGUUUUAUCUAUUAAAAAUAGUAAUUCAUCUGAUGAUAAUAGAAAAGGUAGAGCAAUACCAACGUUAUCUCUAAGUUCAUCAGAUUUUACAUCAUCAUCUCCUUAUAUACCAGAAAGAAAAGAUUUGAACUAUAACGAAGUACCAUCUGCAUAUCGAAGUACAUCGUCAAAUAUCCCAAGCAUUUAUUAUUAA